UGUUCUUUACAAGAAUUUUUAUGCUUUAGUUUCUCUCUCUCUUUCUUUCCUUUAUUUCAUCUUCUCUUAAUUACUAACUGUAUGGUUUUGAUCAGUAACAAGACCAUGACUACAACAUGUAGCAUCAUUGUAAACAUGCAUUUGUUAAGAUUCAUUACUUCCUUUUUAUCUUUAAUCUCUACAGUAUACAUGAAUAUGCCCAGCAUACAAGAAUAAUCAGCAAAUAAGGUUUUAAGAAUUAAGUCCUCAAAAGGUUUGAUAUGCUCAGCAGGUUUGAAAGUCACAAGCAUAUGCAUUGAUUAAAAACCAAGGGAGAUCUAGCAAACUUAACAAAGGUACAUGGGUGUUAAUUGGCAAUACUGGGAAUUUCCGAUAAAUUUGGAGAAAUAGCAAUAUGGAGAUACAGAUUUGAGUUUGCUAUUUGCUUAAUUAUAUAUUUAUUUUGGAACAUAAUACAGUUUGCUAAUUUUUUACUUAAUUAACUUAAUUUUAUAGCUCUUUAUUCUUAUAUUUUUAAGAAUUAUGAGUAUUUAUACUAAUUGCAUAAAACUUGAGAGAAAAAAAAACUUAAUUUAAUAGCCGAAUUUUUGAUCCCGAAUUUUUAAUUAGUGAACGUAUAAUAUCCGUAUAAAUCACGUAUCCGAAUAAUUGGCGAAUCCCUUUUUUUAACCGUAUUUUUCAACGAAUUUAAAAAUUAAUAGACAAAUUAUAUCCGAAUUAUAUCCGUACCGAAUUUUUGCCGAAUCCGAAUUAACUAACUAUACUCUCUACUUCCCUCCCCCAUCGCAAGCCUGCCCGCUGCUCUGUGCCGGCGUCCCCGUUCCCCUUUCCCCUCCUCAAUCUCCGCCACCGUGUUCGCCCGCCAGCACCAUCUUCUUCUCUACCUCCCCGCUGUCUGACCGCCGCCUCCCCGCUGUCUGACCGCCGCCAGCCCCCCUCGGCCUCCUCCACCACAGUAAGUUUGAGAGGAUUUGAAGAUGGUGAAAAAGAGCAAAAAGAGCAAGAGUAAGAGGAUUUCUCUUAAAAAGAAGUACAAGGUGUUACGGAAGGUGAAGGAGCACCACAAAAAGAAGGCGAAGGAAGCUAAGAAGCUUGGACUGAAUAAGAAGAAGAAGAAGGUCGAGAAGGACCCCGGCAUUCCCAAUGAUUGGCCUUUCAAGGAACAGGAGCUCAAAGCGCUGGAAGUACGGAGAGAGCGCGCGUUGGAGGAACUGGCGCAGAAGAAGGCCGCUCGCAAAGAGAGGGCGAAGAAGAGGAAACUUGGUUUACUUGAAGAGGAUGAUGAAUUGACCAGUUUUGCUUCCGAAGCUUCUGCCAAAGAGCAUGAGUUUGCAAAGAAGAGUAAAGCAGACGAUAAUUCAGUUGUGGGCAAAAGCCAUGCAGACCAUUCUGAGAGAUCUUUCUACAAGGAGCUGGUAAAAGUUAUAGAAGCAUCAGAUGUAAUUCUCGAGGUUCUUGAUGCAAGGGAUCCACUUGGUACUCGUUGUCUUGACAUGGAAAAGAUGAUAUUGAAGGCGGAUCCAAAUAAGCGCAUUAUAUUGCUUCUGAACAAAAUAGAUCUUGUUCCUAGGGAAGCAGUGGAGAAAUGGCUCACAUAUCUAAGAGAAGAAUUGCCAACAGUAGCCUUCAAGUGUAGUACACAGGAGCAGCGAUCAAAUUUGGGGUGGAAAUCUUCGAAGGCUUCCAAAUCAAGCAAUCUUCUUCAAACAAGUGAUUGCCUUGGUGCUGAAACUCUCAUCAAAUUGUUAAAGAAUUAUACUAGAAGCCACGAGCUCAAAUUGUCAAUUACUGCGGGUAUUGUUGGGCUUCCUAAUGUCGGAAAGAGCAGUCUGAUCAACAGUUUGAAGAGAUCCCAUGUAGUUAACGUCGGUGCGACCCCAGGAGUCACCAAAUCGAUGCAAGAAAUCCAGUUAGAUAAGAAGGUGAAAUUACUUGACUGCCCUGGUGUAGUGAUGCUCAAGUCCUCUGAGGGUGAUGUGUCCGUCGCCCUUCGCAACUGUAAACGAAUUGAGAAGUUGGACGAUCCAGUCACUCCUGUGAAGGAGAUUCUCAACCUUUGCCCGGCCGAGAAGUUGCUAUCCUUGUACAAAUUGCCGAGCUUCAGCUCAGUUGAUGACUUCCUUCAGAAAGUGGCUACUAUUAGGGGUAAGUUGAAAAAGGGUGGAGUAGUCGACAUUGAAGCUGCAGCUAGAAUUGUGCUUCACGACUGGAACGAGGGUAAAAUCCCAUAUUACACACAGCCUCCCAAGAGGGAUCAGGGGGCGAAUUUGGAUGCAGUAAUUGUUUCAGAAUUUGGGAAGGAAUUCGAUGUUGAUGAAGUGUACAAGACCGAAUCCUCAUUUAUUGGUAGCCUAGCAUCAGUCGAGGACUUCCGGCAUGUUGAAGUACCUCCCCAUUCACCUCCGAAAUUUGAUGAGCAAAUGCUACAAGAGGAUAACCGGAGGCAGAAUGAAACUGAAAUUGCUGCGAACACGGACGAGCCUAUGGCUUUCGAUGCUGAGACUCAUUUGGAUUCCGCGCCCAGCGAUGUAAGCAGGCAAAACGACAAGUUAUAUACAGCCGAGGGCAUAUUAGAUCCUCGCAAGCGAAGAGCCGAGAAGAAGCGGAGGAAGGCGGACAAGCUGAAUAGAUUGAAUGAAAUGGACGCCGAUUAUGAUUUCAAGGUGGAUUAUAGGAUGAAAGAUCCGGGUUCUGAUGGUGAUAUCAAUCCUGCUGAGGAGGGCAAUGCAGAUAGUGACGAUGAAGCCGACCGGACUGUCCCUAUGGCCGGGGUUGAGUUGGAUGCAUAGAAAUGGUUGGCUUUCAGUGAUAUUUUGCCUCUAUAGCUGCAAAUGCUGAUGAAUGAAAUAGUGAAAAAAGCUGGUCUCAUGGAGAUUCUCUGUCUGGAUGAAUUUAUGCAUAAGAAGCUGAAAUGAGUGCCGUAAUUUUGAGAGAUUUGAGUAGAGAUAAAGAGUUAUAUUGUGCUUUUUUAUGUUGUAUUGAAAAUUUUGUUCGGCUACAAAGCAGUAAUGCUUAAGAGCAGUUUGAGAAGUUAUCUUUUGUUUUCGGGAAUUCAUUUUUUAUGUCAUUCUGGUUAGGGA